GGAAGAGGAACGUGGGGGCCAAAGCCAUUUUCAGAACGUGCGAAAUCUGAUCGGUUCCGACAGACGGCCAGCGGUGCUGGCGGGGGGAGGGCGUCCGACACGUCAUAUUGUUGCGUUGUUGCAGGCGACCUCACUAAUGUCAUCGCUGUCGCCACCAUGGUCAUCGGAAGAAUUCAGUCGAAGUUGUUUUGGGUCAGGUCAUUCCGAUUGAUCCUGACUUACGGGUGAGCCGUCCAGUCCACCAGUUGGUUUUUUGCCAGGACUGUUUUCGCCCAUGCCGUCUGGUAAAAUCAAGAACUUCUUCCAAGACAAAGGAUUCGGCUUCAUCACACCUGAUGACGGAGGCGAGGACGUGUUCGUACAUCGGAAAUUGCAUGGCGAUGGACAAGAUCGUACCGCGUAUCUCGAAGAAGGCGAUGCUGUCCAGUACGAGGUGGAGUGGGACGACCGCAGGAGCAAGUACAACGCCUCGUCUUGCAUCGGUCCUUGGAAGACAGGUGGUGGCGGAGGCGGUGGUGGCGGUUGGGGCGGCGGAGGUGGCUGGGGCGGCGGAGGUGGCUGGGGCGGCGGUGGCAAAGGCGGUGGUAAAGGCGGCGGUUGGGGGCCGUACUGAGAGCGAGAGGCGUUCCCUCCUUUGACUCAUAAUCAUGCUCCUGAUCCUCCUGCUCAUGCUUCUCGUGCUGCUCCCUGUCCCCCCGCUUUCUCACUCAAAUCCUGCAAUCUCUCAUUCGCUCGCCGGCAUUUGCCCCCAUGUGUCUAUUCCGUUCCCGCUGCUGUUCUCCAGCCUAUGACUUAUUGACAACGUUGGUUGGCGUGGGCGCCAAGCAAA